GCGCGAUUUCGUGACGGAUCAUGCUGGGCACGCGUCAAAAUGACGCGCGCGUCCCACCAUCCGCGCGCCAAUCGCGCCUGAAAUCGCGCCAUGCGGUUCCGCCUUUACGCCUUGACACGAUACAAUCCCGUGUAUCAACAACGGCAUGCAGAAGCCAUGAAUCAGCGCACUUGCAUCCGACACGUACAAAGGACAUACACAGACGCUGGACUGCACCUGAAGAGAGGUGAUUGCACGUCGAUUCUUGCGAACCCCACGAUAGGCGGCUGGCGUCCGUCUCGCUCGGAUUGUCGACAGAUACGCGUAGCUCCGCUGCAUGCCGAUACGCGGAAACGGGCACGCUUACGUUCGCGUACGGCGGCCUCUUUUGUUGUGCGCUGCACCCGCGGUCAGGAAUGCAUGGCGUGACGCGCGUAAAGGCGGAACCGCAUGGCGCGAUUUCAGGCGCGAUUGACGCGCGGAUGGUGGGACGCGCGCGUCAUUUUGACGCGUGCCCAGCAUGAUCCGUCACGAAAUCGCGCCGCCGCGUGCUGCUACUCGUAGUAAAAAAAAAAAAAAAAGCGCGGCGCGUCCGCCAAUCAGAGUUCAGAACUGGUGCGUGCGUCCAAGAAAGCCGUGCUACCGUGAUUUCGUUCGCGCAUCGUGUUCACCUAAAAUGGAUAAAGCAACCUUCAACGAGGCCCUAAUAACUGAAGUGGAGAAGCGUCGUGUCCUGUGGGACGUACACGACCGCAAUUACAAGAACAUCAAAAGUGAGCAGGCUUGGGUAAAGCAAGAGCCGUGCAGCUCGGAUGACGAGGACGACGACAGCAGCAGCAGCAGCAGUUCGUCGUCGUCGUCGUGCCGAUCCCGCGGCCAGCAGCAGGAGCGCGCCACCACGGCGGCACCAGCGCGCCGGGGCAGUGGCGGCGGCCAGAAGCCACUCAACAGAGGUCGCUGGGACAAAGAGGAGGACGAGCGCCUCAAGCGUAGUGUCCAGGCCCUAGGCACGCACGACUGGGCCGCUGUGGCACGUUGCUUCUCGGACCGCAGCGAUGUCCAGUGCCAGCAGCGCUGGCACAAGGUCGUCAACCCCGAACUUGUCAAGGGCUCCUGGUCCAAAGAGGAGGAUGACAAAGUGGUGCAGCUGGUGCAGAAGUAUGGCCCCAAGAAGUGGACCCUGAUUGCCAAGCACCUCAAGGGACGCAUUGGCAAGCAGUGCCGCGAGAGGUGGCACAACCACCUGAACCCAGCCAUCAAGAAGAGUGCCUGGACCGAGGAGGAGGAGUGCACCAUUCUCGAGUAUCACCGACUUUGGGGAAACCAGUGGGCCAAGAUUGCAAAGCUGCUGCCUGGGCGGACUGACAAUGCCAUCAAGAACCACUGGAAUUCAACGCUCAAGAAACGUGUCGAGUUAGAAGGAGCACAGAGUGAGCGUACCCGCAAGAUGGAUGCAACCUCUUCAACUUUGAAGCAGCGAAUGGUUUUGGAGCGGCGUUCCAAGGCCCCGACUAUUGCUGUGAAGCAGGAACCUGAGCCCAGAACGUGCAAGCAGGAGUAUGUGGCUGCUGCUGAAUAUGUGCCGUACCGUGCACCAGGCGUGGCUGGCCCAGAGAUCCUGCCCACUGCAGAGGCCCUCUGGCAGCCCGAGGAGUUUGCCGCUGUGCUGUCAACAUCUGGUGGGGACCUGGAGAGGGUCAAGGGUGAAGACGGCACCCCCCGCCGACGUAAGGGCGAGCACGACACUGGCUCGGAGUACAUCGACAUCAAUGACCUGCUCUCACCACUCAAGGACAUCAAUGUUGAGGAGCUGGAGACUGCAACAGCAGCAGCAGCCCCGAGCCCCCCCGUGGUGCCCGACAGCAAUGGCUCGUUUGGGCAGCUGACUGCUUUGGACCUGGUCCGAGGCACCUGUGUCACGCCUCACGUCACCCCAGUCAAGUUCACCACCUGUGCAGAUGGUGCGCCGCCAUCGCAGCUCGGGGAUGUCACGGAAGUUCACGCCGUCUCCUCAACGACGUCGCACGGCAGCAGUGCAAGUAGUUCCCGCCUCGUCACGCCGCCCAUUCUGCGGCGGGGAAAGCGGAGGCGACUGCGAUCAGCUCAGUCACACGACUCUGACUACAGUCACUUGGAAGCAGACAGCACCACAUAUGACGAAGGGGGGCUCUGCGAUGAGUCUGAAUCAGUUGAAUUGAACAUCCUUGGUUUUCCCUCGGUGGUGCCCCUUCGAGCAGUGGCCGACGAGCAGCAACUUCCGCUGGCAGGAGGGUUGCGGCCUUCCCUGCGGGAGGAGCAGGUCCUCGGGACACGCUGGCGCCACGACUUGGCAACACCUCGCAAGCCACUGCCCUUCUCACCAUCCCAGUUUCUGAACCAGCCCCACAUGUGCCCACUGGGAGGCAUGCAGCGGACGUCAACCCCUGUGCGGGGUGGCGAUGUGCCGCACCCUUCAAUCCAUGACUUCCAACUGAUGCAGAUGUCGCAGUCACCAGCUGCUGCCAACAGUGAUCCCCUGAACACACCUGUGAUGAAGAAACUUGGCAGGGAGAACGGACCACAGACCCCUACCCCAUUCAAGAAUGCACUCGCAGAGCUGGAGAAAAAAGGCGGACCCAUCUCCCAGCUGCCGGACACUCCGUCCCUCAACCUGGAUGACAUCGGUGACCUGCUGGGCAAUGUGGCGCGGCAGGGACGGCAGCCAGCCACCACUGCGACGGAGGUUGUCCCCCCCAAGAGGCGGGGAAACAAAGAGAACCUCUCGCCAUCCAAGCGGGUCCGCAAAGCCCUCCACGAGACCUGGUCCACUCCCGGUGACAUUGCAGUACCAGGGCUCACCUCCACAGGAUUUGCACCGCUGGAGCCGGAGUCGUUCAUCCUCCCUGAGACACCCAGCAAGAGCCUGCUGGGCGACUCGUCGGUGCUCUUCUCGCCGCCGUCCAUAAUCCGCGAGACGCUGCCAGAGGUGUCCUCCGGCGAGCCGUUUGCCACCCCGGUGCCGACCAGGCCCAAGCCCAAGCCAGUCCAGCACGGUCUGCUCACGUUUCGCACCCGGCACUCGGAAAGCACGCCUUCGUCGCGGAGGCUCCGCCAGUUGGACAAGUUCAGUGCCCUGGUGUGUGGAAAGACGCGGGACCAGCUGGAGCUGACGCAGCAGGCCCGCCAGUGGAUGCUGAGCCUCAAGCCGCGCUCACUGAACCUCUGAGAGAGGGCGUACUUGCACAAUCCCUUCCUCGGUACGUCCCUCCACCAUAC